AUGUUUCUCAAAUUAUUGUUUCUAUCAGCGUUCACUCAGGUGCUACCUCUCACGCUGCUAGCCCUCGUGGCAAGCUAUGUCUACUCACGGUAUGCGAGUCCGCUCAAGAAGGUGCCUGGUCCGGCCCUUGCGAGCUUUACCAGACUAUGGUUGAAUGUAGGAUUGGUUGCUCGCGGGAAUCUUCAUGGGGGGAUAUUAGACGCGCAUCGGAAGUACGGUACGUUUGGCGCUCCACACUUUUUAUCUUUUAUGUAUGAGUUUAUCAAGUAUCCAGUUGAUACUACUACAAGUAGAUAAAUAUUCUACUGUAUCAUACCUUGGCGGUGGACAGCAUCGCAAUUCAGAGCUUUACAAAGAAUGAGAUAAGAGAAGCUCUUGGCCCGCGACUCGAGACUUCUGCUCUCUCGUUUGUGUCUUCUAGUUCUUCCUCUCUCCCGCUUACCACGUGGGGCUUCCUAGGCCCCCCUUUUUGGCUUUCCCCUGGAGAUUUGAUUCAGUUUGCUUAUGCAUUGGCUAACUAAUGCCAUGGAAUUAAAGGCCGCGUUGUGCGGGUCGGGCCGAACAAGGUUUACUUUUCGGACCCAGCGCUGAUCCCCGAGAUUUAUGGUGUCGGGUCAAAGUAUCGCAAGAGCGAUCUUUACAUGAUGGCCGACCCGGAACCUGGACAGGGUAGUACCUUCAGUGAGCGAUCUGCGGAAAAGCAUGCAGCGCUCAGGAGACGAGUUGGCCCCGCAGUACUAGCCCUCCUCAUGAAUUUUCAAUUUGUAUAAAUAGUGAAUACGAAGGACUAAUUGGCGGUUUUGUGGCGACAAUAGUACUCUAACUCCUCCGUACUUCAGAUGGAGUCAUAUGUCGAUGCUUUGGUAUCCGCCUGGAUAUCCGCCCUAUCCACCGAAUUCACGGCUACAGAGACUUCCUUCAAGUCUUGUGAUUUUGCUUGCUGGGCACAGUUUCUCACUUACGAUGUGAUAUCCGAGCUAGCGUUUGGAAAAGCUUUCGGAUUCAUUGCCACGCGCGGCGACCACAAACAAUACAUUGCCUCGCUCCAACAGGCCCUCCCAAUAAUUGUCAUACUGAGCUACUUUGAAGAAUUGGUCAAGUUCAUGGCUCUGGGAUGGGUUCGCAAAUUCGCCACACCCAUCAUCAAUGACAAGACGGGAUACGGUAACUUGACCAAGGCUGCAACUGAGCUAGUCCGUGAACGCUGGGCGAAAGGUGGAGUUGGUGAGAGACGGGAUAUGUUGCAGAGGUUCUACGAACAAGGAAUGACAGAGAAGGAAGCUAUGGUUGACUCUACUCUUAUCUUGUACCCUACUUCCCCACGCGGCCCCCCCAGCCGGUCAUAAUAAUGACACCAAAAUAGGUUAGCAGGUUCCGACUCAACUGCAACAGCAAUCCGCGCUGCCGUCAUGUUCAUCUGCAGUAAUCCCAGGGCCUACAUAACACUAAAAUCCGAACUGGCGGCAAAAAUCGUUCGCACAACUCCCCCAAGCAUCGUCUCCUUUUCUACCGCAAGAUCUCUGCCCUACCUCUCCGCCUGCAUCAAAGAGACACUCCGUCUCUUCCCUCCUGGCGCCGGUGCGAUGGAGCGAGUUGUACCAGCAGGCGGGGCGAUACUAAGUGGGUACUUCAUCCCAGAGAACACCAUUGUGUGUAUCCAUCCUUGGCCGGUGGGCCGUGAUGAGGUGUUCGGUGAGGACGGUGACUUGUUCCGGCCUGAGAGGUGGUUAGAGGAAAAGGAUGAGAAGCGGUUGGCGAAGAUGGAGAAGGCUUUAGACUUUGUAUUCGGCGCUGGACCGCAUUAUUGUCUUGGGAGGCCGAUUGCUCACAUGGAGCUCUAUAAGAGCAUUACGGAGGUUUGUCCUUCAUCCCUCCUGUCCAUGCGGCACCUUAGCUAAUGUUCUGAUAACAGCUAUUCUUAACCUUUGACAUCGGCCUAUCAAACCCUAUGCAACCCUGGAAAUCCCGUGAAUAUGGGUUUUUCCUGCAGAAGCAUAUGAUGGUGAAUCUUAAGAGAGUUGAUGGGUAACAUGACAUGGAGUUUUGUUUUUUCUUCUGAGCUACGCGUUCUCUAAGUUGAUUUCUCAUUUUCACAUCUGGCACCGCGCGUACCGACCUGAAUGAAACCCCCUCACACGUCCAUGUAUAUGA